GACGGGCGCUAGGGCCCGGAAGAAAUAUUGAGCGAGCAGGAGGAGCCAGCGGAAGAUCUGGGCAGGAGGGUAAUGAGGCGGGCGCUAGGACCCGGCGCGGUUCCGGAUCGUGCUGCGUAAAUGGAGGCGAGCGAGGAGCGGGUCGGGACCGUGGAGAGUCCGGCCGGCCGCACGUUGAGCUCUGAAGAGUUGUUUUUAGCACGAUCCCGGGAUCACAAGAUUCCCCAGCGGACUCAUGGACAGAAGGACUUCAUCCCGGAUAACUCUGAAGAGCAAGCAGAGAAGCUGCGGGUUGUGUCGAGAGGAACAGUGCAGCUCCUGUCCGAAGAGCGAGUGGUGCGACUAGGGAGCCUGGUAGAAGCACAAUGGAAACCCCAGGACGGCAUCGUAGAACUGAAGUCCAACGCAGGGAAAUUCUGGCACACCAUGGGACAUGUGGAACAAGGGAAACAACUGCUAUAUCCUGAGGAAGCACUGUACCUUCUUGAGUGUGGGUCCAUACAUCUAUAUUACAGAGAUCUGCCACUGUCCAUUCAAGAAUCGUAUGGUUUACUGUCUUCGAGAACUAUUCCAUUGCAACAUUACCAGGUUUACAGCCAUUUGAAAAGACUGGGUUAUAUUGUGAUGCGGUUUGAUCCCAGGACAAUUUGCAGUUCUUAUGAGCGAAAACUACACUUGGAUCCUUCUUGCAGUGACACAGACAAACAUCAUCGGAAGAGGAAGCGAAGCUGUAGCCAACACGAUGCAAGAUCCAAGAAAAGCCACUCUGAUCAACCUGAAGAGGCAGAACCUGGGCAAAGGGUUAAGGAAGGAGAGGAGCAGUGUGAGCUUCACCAACAGGAUACCACUUGUGAGGACCCGGAGAAGGAUGCCAGGACACCAACCCCUGUAUCUCCAGAAAGCAAUAGGGAGAAAUUGCAACAGAGCAGUGUUGGGUGUUCCAACAUGAGUGGGCAACAGGCCGAGCCGAAACAUACGGGUUGGUUUCAGAAAGAGUCCUUGGGCUCCGUUGCAUCUCCCCCCUGGAGUUCACGGGAGAGUGUUGUCCCUGCUGGGAAGCCCAGGUGGGACUUCGAGAAGAUUCAAGUUCCCCAACAUGCGCCCGACCAGUCCCUCCUACCACCCAACGUGGUUGGCCGAUCUUCUGAUGAAACGAAGUGGCAGCAGAAAAUAAACCAGAAGCAUGAGAAGUUGUCGCAGAGAGAGAAAGAGAGAAUGAAGAGAGAGAACAAGCACAAAACUGACAUUAAUAAGGACAAGAGGGUCAGACAGUGUGCCAACUGGAAGGAAUACAAGGAGCUGCUCAGAUGGAAAUCUGCCCGGAAUAAAAAGUUGCCAGCCCACCUGUGGAAGGAUAAGGUGGAACCGCUUAUAAAGCCAGGCCAAGUCAGCUCACAAGGAGAAAUUCAACAACGCACUUCCAUCAUGGAGUCUGCACACAUCUUGGAUAAAACACCUUGGUUGCAAGAAACAUCCGAAGGCAUCAAGAUUUCCUUUGACGUGUACCAAGCUGAUACUGUGGCAAAAUUCCGCAAAACCCAUCCCGGGAAACCCUUUUCAAGGAUGUGUGUUUGCAGCUUUGAUGGACCUGUGCCAGACUUGCGUGUGAUGAAGAAGCUAGCUUUUCAAAGCGGUGAAGUUCCUGUCGUGUUUGCUGUGGUGGAUAACGGAGAUAUCUCUUUCUACACCUUCAAGGAAUUCAAAUUGCCAGUGGAUGUUUAUCAUUGAUUCUGUUGGAGGCUUGCAUUGUUUCAUAACGACUCACUCCUGCGACUUUGGAGUUAGGAGGCAUUGGUUAAAGUCAAUUGUCACAAAGAUCUGGUGAUCUACUGCUAGAGUAAAUGUGGUGGACUAGGCUAACUGGGUAACAUGAUUGUAGCUGAAGUUGCAACCAUUUGUAAAGGAGCUUUCAGAAGAACAUUUGAUUCUCUCAUUCAGGCAAACAACCUAGUUUGAACAAAGUACUCCAGCUUUAAAAAUAAAAAGCUCAUGUCCUCCAUAGUUUUUCUGCUGAAAGAUGCAUAGAAUAAAAGAUGCAUCCUGAUCAAAAUUCUGAUUCAUAACCAACAAAAGGCCAAUUGAGCUAUGGAGCUGGCUGCCCUGAGAAGAAACAGAAAAAUCCCAAGAUGGUUUGUUUUAAAUUAAGAUUUAAUAUUUCUGUAACAGUGUCAGCCUGCUCCAUACGGUAAAGCUUUGUUAAUCCAGUGCUCUCAGGACUUUGGUGGUGCCAGACUAGCAGAAUCUUUUCCAGACUAAUGAAUGUUUAUUGAUAUUCCAGUUAAUAAACUGGCUUCAGUUUAUUAAUAUUCAAAUUCAUUACUUUUUGAAAAAAAAGUAAGCCAGUAAGUUUCAAUGGAGCACAGAGAAGAGAACCAGGUAAAUUUCAAAGGAAGGUGGUCAACAGAACCAGGUGAGUUUACAGGGAGUACAGGGAGCCGGGGCCGUGGCAAGUAGGAAGGGAGCGCGGGAGCCAGGGCCUGGAUGAAUGGAAACUGCAAACACAACCUGGUGAGCCAGAUGCUGAAGCAUUGGGAUUUCUGAAGGGUCGGACAGCAGAUUAGCGGAGUUUUACUGUAUUAGCAUUGACUGUUCUUGUGGAAUCUUAUAAUAAUCGCUCUUUCUCAUUCACUUGCAAGAAAUGUUUCCUAAGAGUUUUCUGUUGUCUUUUCUGUCUCAUCAACAAAAGGAUAACCUCACUGCAAUCUAGUUGCCCUGCGUGUUGCAGGAUUUUCUAAGAAAAAUCGUUCUGUAACUUUUACGCCAUUGGCAUAUUUUGGUUUUAAGUUUGGAACUACUUAAACACCGGGACUAAAGGGGUGGUUUAAUGUUGCAGCAUACCACCCCUUAAAAUGGCACUGCAGGGUUGGAUUGGGGAGGAAAAGGAGACCAGAAUGGCUGGAGUUUUUGGCAAUAUUUCUGAUUCUAUUUUUUUAAUGUUGGCUUGAACAGUAAAAUUUCACAGAUGGGACAUUCUGUGAUUCAAAUAAAAUCGAAUGGUGAUUGGUGCUUGUAAUUUUCAAAAGCAAUUUAAAACAAAAACAGGGAAGAAAAACAAUAAUGUAGACACUAUAUGGAAAGCAGCACUGCGUUUAGUAAAGGUAGGAGGUUUUAAUAAUAGUUGAAUGAAUGCUCAUGUGUAACAAUACCUAGGCUUGAGCAAACUCCCACACACACCACUCAGAUGGGGAUGGUUGCUUAAUCUGUCUACUCAUCAGAGGUUUCUGCCUCAGUCUCUCAUUUUUCUUCAUGCAUUUGUUUCAUUGAUUUUUUUGCAUGUUGAUGCUCACAUUAGAUUUGACACAUUGCGUCUACAAUGUCAUCAGUUUGUUUUGAGUUUACAGACCCUCUUAAGAUCUAUUUUGCUUUGCAUACUUGGUUUUAGUUGCAAGGCAUUGAUUGCCAAAUGCAAUGGCACAAUUAAUGUAUCAAUAGACAAUACUACAAUAUUAUGGGCUUCAGCCCUGAUAAUUUUUGACUCAAAUAAUCAAGGGAUUUUUUUUUGUUAAGAACCAAUGGUUUUCCUCAUCAGUAUGAACAGUAGAAAUUCUUGGCUCAGUGGAAGCAGAUUGCUUCUUAGUGAAAAGGUGGUGGCUUCAAAUCUUACUCUACUUUUGAGCAGAAAAUCUAGGUAACAAUCCAGUGCGCUAUUGAGUGGGCGCUGCAAUAUAAGGAGUGCCGUCUUUUGGGUGUAAAAACUAAAUGAAUGGCGAAUACAAAUAAUCCCACAGCAUUGUUUUUAACAAGUUCAUUGAUUUCUCUCCAGUGUCUUGACCCUUAUAAUAUGCACUAUUUGGCUAUUGCUGCUUGGAGGACUUUUGCUAUGCAAAUUAGCUGUUUUUUUUCUAUAAUACAGUAACUAAAGUAGAUGAAGGGUCUCGACCUGAAACGUUGAUUGUCCAUUUCCUUCUACAGAUGCUGCCUGAACUGCUGAGUUCCUCCAGCAUUUGUCUUUGCUUCAGAUUCCAGCGACUGCAGUCUUUUGUGUUGCUGAUUAUAAUAUUUAAUAGGCUGUGAAUCACUUGAGGUCAUUGAGAACAUAAGGAAUAGUAUCAGGAGUUGCCCAGUUAGCCCCUCAGGUCUGCUUGGCUGCUCAAUAAAGAUAGUGACUGAUACAGCCUUGGCAAGGUGAUCCAUCUGGUUUUAGGGAGGUAAGUCUCAAACACUUUCCAAAGAUCAUUUAAAAUUUUAUAGCUAAGAUUCUUUCAUUUUUGUUUGUAUUGGUUUGAUUGAUUCUGGAAUAUGUGCUAAUCGUACUGGCUGAAAUCCAAGUCUUAAUUCUGUUAAAAAAACAGAAUUAUGCAAUCUGACAUCUACUGUGAGGAUCUUAAAGGCCACAGCGAGCAACCUGCUGCAAAUGUUAUGCUUGCCGUUUGUCUUUGAUAAUGCAAAAUUGCAAAGGGACAAAGCUAAAACAAAUGAACAACUUUCAUUACAUUCAUUUUUACAUAUGAAUUGAAAUAAAGAGUUUUAAGACUUGCAUUAGAUAGCAUCAUCCAUGUCUUUGGGCUGUUGUAGUCAUAAAGGCUAGCAUGGGGACAAUUUCGGCAAUGCAAAAGUGGUUAUUUACUACAUUGUUUUUGUGGCAGUUAAUCGACCAGUUCCUGUCUCGGGAAUGAAGAGGCUAGCUGGAAAACGAUUGUUCUUGAUGAACAGGCUUUUACUUAAAACCUGAAAUAGAAGAAGAAAAAUGCUGGUGGCCCAGCAGGUGA